AUGAGAACUGCAAAUUCAAAUUAAGGGUAAUCCUCGCUCCCUGAUACAAAUGAAAUUAAUGAGUACAUCAAGGAGUACUUGAGAUACACUAGCUAUUCCAAUACUUUGGAAUGUUUUGAAGCAGAAAUAAAGAGUAAAUAGGUUUCCAAUAAAGUAGAUAAUUAAAUUCCUAUUCUAGAUGCUAAAUAAAUAAUAGGGUAUCAAAUAGACGGGGGAUGAUGUGCCUCGGAUAUUUUAAUUGCUUAAAAGUGAUAAUGUAAAAUCGAAAAGGGAAAUCAACAUGGAAAAAGAAUAAAAGCAAUUUAAUAAAAAAUACCAAUAAAUUCUUUAGGCAGGCAGAUAAAUAUUUUCUGUAAGCAUAAAUUUGUUACAAUUGUUGCAUUCAUUAAAAGAGACAGCUAAAAAUGAGAAUCUAAGCGAAACCUUAGAAAACUAUAAAAUACAAUUAGGAAAAUACCAUAAGGUUAUAAUAAAUGAAGGAAAGCCAGAAGGCACUGAAUUGAUUACUGAAUAAGUCAUGCAUGAACACAAAACUAAACUAUUCAAAAACUACUAGGACAAACACGUAGAUGGAAUGAUUGAAGUUUUACUCUCUCUAAGAGUGAAUGCAUUAUAAAUUGCACCAGAAUUAAGAAAAAACUUAGUCUAUGAAUUGAUAAGAAAUGAUGUAUUCAACAUUGAAGCUACUGAAAAAUUUGAUUUCGUUGUUCAUUUGUUGGAUAUCAAUAAUCAAAGUCUCAGACAUGCGAUAACUAGUUUAAUUAGUGUAAUUAGUAGCACAUUGAGAGGGGUAGAAUAUUUAACUUAUAAUGGGAAUAUGAUAAUCAUUGAAAAGAUAAUAAAAAUAUUAAAAGAACAGGAAAACGGUUCAGUAACCCAGAGAUUCUGUUUAGCUAUUUUAUAAAAGGCAAGUAUUAAAGACACUGUCAUCCCAACGUAUGUUCACAAUGAGAUGAUUUAGUGGAUUAUUAAUCUCAUUCAAAAAUCAGUUAAUACUAAAAUUCACGUAUUUUGUCUUGAUUUUGCUUCUGCUACUUUGGCCAAUAUUAUUCAUACACCGUAUACACUGUAAUAUCUGUAAAAUUAAACUCGGUUUGCUUAUUAAGUAAUGGAGUAACUGCUAAAGUUUAUUAAGGAUCAAAUAUAAGUUUCAGUGCUUAUGCAUAUUUUGAUUUGCUUGUCAUAUUUAAGCAAGGAAAACUUUGCUAAAUAGAUGGAAGAAUGCAGAUUUGUGGAUAGAAUCAGCCAAUUUGUAGAAUAUUAUAGUGUCAUUAAUACUGGUAUAAUUAUAAUGAUAUUGUCUUAGAAAAUGAGGCAGCAGAAAUUGAUAAAANUUAAAAUUAAUUUUAAACGAAAUCUUUGCUAUAUAAUAUAUUUUAAAUUAUUAUUAUGAGAACUGCAAAUUCAAAUUAAGGGUAAUCCUCGCUCCCUGAUACAAAUGAAAUUAAUGAGUACAUCAAGGAGUACUUGAGAUACACUAGCUAUUCCAAUACUUUGGAAUGUUUUGAAGCAGAAAUAAAGAGUAAAUAGGUUUCCAAUAAAGUAGAUAAUUAAAUUCCUAUUCUAGAUGCUAAAUAAAUAAUAGGGUAUCAAAUAGACGGGGGAUGAUGUGCCUCGGAUAUUUUAAUUGCUUAAAAGUGAUAAUGUAAAAUCGAAAAGGGAAAUCAACAUGGAAAAAGAAUAAAAGCAAUUUAAUAAAAAAUACCAAUAAAUUCUUUAGGCAGGCAGAUAAAUAUUUUCUGUAAGCAUAAAUUUGUUACAAUUGUUGCAUUCAUUAAAAGAGACAGCUAAAAAUGAGAAUCUAAGCGAAACCUUAGAAAACUAUAAAAUACAAUUAGGAAAAUACCAUAAGGUUAUAAUAAAUGAAGGAAAGCCAGAAGGCACUGAAUUGAUUACUGAAUAAGUCAUGCAUGAACACAAAACUAAACUAUUCAAAAACUACUAGGACAAACACGUAGAUGGAAUGAUUGAAGUUUUACUCUCUCUAAGAGUGAAUGCAUUAUAAAUUGCACCAGAAUUAAGAAAAAACUUAGUCUAUGAAUUGAUAAGAAAUGAUGUAUUCAACAUUGAAGCUACUGAAAAAUUUGAUUUCGUUGUUCAUUUGUUGGAUAUCAAUAAUCAAAGUCUCAGACAUGCGAUAACUAGUUUAAUUAGUGUAAUUAGUAGCACAUUGAGAGGGGUAGAAUAUUUAACUUAUAAUGGGAAUAUGAUAAUCAUUGAAAAGAUAAUAAAAAUAUUAAAAGAACAGGAAAACGGUUCAGUAACCCAGAGAUUCUGUUUAGCUAUUUUAUAAAAGGCAAGUAUUAAAGACACUGUCAUCCCAACGUAUGUUCACAAUGAGAUGAUUUAGUGGAUUAUUAAUCUCAUUCAAAAAUCAGUUAAUACUAAAAUUCACGUAUUUUGUCUUGAUUUUGCUUCUGCUACUUUGGCCAAUAUUAUUCAUACACCGUAUACACUGUAAUAUCUGUAAAAUUAAACUCGGUUUGCUUAUUAAGUAAUGGAGUAACUGCUAAAGUUUAUUAAGGAUCAAAUAUAAGUUUCAGUGCUUAUGCAUAUUUUGAUUUGCUUGUCAUAUUUAAGCAAGGAAAACUUUGCUAAAUAGAUGGAAGAAUGCAGAUUUGUGGAUAGAAUCAGCCAAUUUGUAGAAUAUUAUAGUGUCAUUAAUACUGGUAUAAUUAUAAUGAUAUUGUCUUAGAAAAUGAGGCAGCAGAAAUUGAUAAAAAAACAGUUUUAGAUUUGUGCGCUCAUAUGUUCCAUCCCAAGGAUACUUCUUUAGACAAUUCUGAGACUUUGGAGUUAAAUGAACUAAAAACUGAAGAUCGAAUCAGAGAGUACGAGAAUGAAUAGGGGGAAUUGAUCUUUGAAUGUUUUCAAGAUGAAGUUAGUUGA